CCCCACAGGGAGGAGGAGGGAAGGAUCUCUCUCUCUCUUUUUUUUUUUCUCCUUGUCUCACUCCCUCUCAUGCCGAUAAUGCAGCUCUCGGUAAUUGAAUUUUGAUGUUUUGUUUUUUUUUCGCUUCCUGCUGAAGGACAGAGUGUCGCAGAAGACGAGCCAGAGGAGAAGAGAGCUCUGCUCUAGCAGCAGUCAUGCAGCCCCAUGCGGCGGAGGUGGCACGCCUCUACCAGACCGAGUUCAUCCGGAGCGCACGAGCAAUGGGUGUCCUGUGGGCCAUUUGCACGCUCUGCUUUGCCGUCAUCGAGGUCGUCAUUCUAAUUCAGCCAUCCUGGAUAGGCACGCGUGAGCUCCGUUAUCCAGUCAGCAGUGUCAGUGGUAAGGCGCCACCUCAGGCUGGAACCCUGGGUCUGUUCGAGGUGUGUGUGGAGUCGGACUGGCCAGUACCCGAGUGCACAGGCUCCUUACGUACGCUGACUCCGAUUCCGGCCUUUCAGUCACCGGCUGUGCUGGUGUGUAUCUCCCUGACCAUGGUGUGGGUCAGCGUUGGGUGUCUGUGUCUGUUUCGGUUCUGCAACGCCGCAACCGUGUACAAGAUCUGCGCUUGGCUACAGCUCACGGCUGGCUUCUGUCUGGCGCUGGCCUGCGUGCUCUUCCCAGAUUCGUGGGAGUGCGCUGAGAUGCGUGCACUGUGCGGAGACAGCGUCGAGAGUUUCUCUCCAGGGAACUGCACCGUGCACUGGGCCUACAUACUGGCCAUGUUGGGAGUGCUGGAUGCCGGCAUCCUCGCCACACUUGCCUUCGUCCUGGGCAACCGUCAGGAUGCGCUCCUCCCAGAUGAUGCCAAGGAUGGUGAGGUGACUGGAUUGUUACUGGAAGCGUAGAUAAAGAUGGUGAUGAAGAGAUACAACAGCCUGCUUUUAUCUGGUGCUGAUCUCUUGGUCCUGAUGGAGAAAAACGGACAACAUUUAGAAAAGCUCACUUCCUCCUCCUUCUCUACAUCAUGACAUCAUCCCCCGGACACGUACAUAAAAACUGCAUAGAAACUAGAAACAGUCACCUGGCAACCGUAUCUGACUCCAGCUGUAAGUGGAGGCAGGGAAAUACGACGACACUCGUUUUUCAUUCUAUGUCGCCUGCUGAUAACUGAACAGAGGUCAUCAUAGAUAUGAAUUAGUGUUUUUUCUGUUCAUUUAACCCAUCGUCCCAUCGUAUUCUCCUGUGUACUUUUGUAUGGUCUAAACUGUAGAUUUUAUUUUUAAAUAAAC